AUGUAUGAUGAAUUUGAAAAAUUGAAUGUGCUAGUUGUUGGAUGUGGUGGUCUAGGUAAUGAAGUAAUAAAAAAUUUAAUUUAUAUAAACAUAAAAAAUAUAACUAUAGUUGAUUAUGAUAUAGUAGAAAUAAGUAAUUUACAUAGACAAUUAUUUUUUACAACUGAUGAUAUAGGUAAGUCUAAAGUAAACACUAUUAGUAGAAUAUUAGAAGAUAAGUAUAAAGAUGUUACUAUUAGAAGCUAUUCAAAAUAUAUAGAAUUUUUUGAUAUAAAUUUUUUUGAAAAUUUUGAUUUUAUUAUUGGUUGUUUAGAUAACAUAAAUACUAGGCUUUAUCUUAAUAAUUUAAUUUUUAAUUUAAAGAAAGAAAUUAUAUAUAUAGAUGGGGGAGUAGAAGCAUUCAAAGGUAGUAUCAAAAUUAUUUCUAGAAAAAGUCAGUUUGCUUGUUUUAAUUGUACCAUUCAAAAUUAUUCAAACUAUUCUUUUCCUAUAUGUUCUAUUGUUAAUAAACCUAAAACACCUGAAGAAUGUAUAUUAUAUGUUAUGAAUGUUUUAUUUGAAAAAAUGAACAGAGAAAAAUUGGAUAAAGAUAAUGAAAGCCAUAUAAAGUGGAUACAUAAAGAAUCAGAAAAAAGGGCUAAGUUGUUUCAUAUAGAUAAUUUAUCAUAUUCAUUAACAGAAGAAGUGGUAAGAAAUUCAAUUCCUACAACUACUAGUACAUUAAUGAUAAUUUCUUCAUUGAUAAUAACUGAACUUGUCAACAUCAUUACAUAUCAAAAUAAGAGAAAUAAUUAUAGUGAUAUUUUAUAUGUUGGAGAUAAUGGAAUAUAUAUAUAUUAUUAUAAAAUUUACAAAUCUCCUAAUUGUGUAGUUUGUAAUAAAAAAGAAAUAGAGUUAAUUUUUAGUAGGAUAGAUAAGUUAAGUAAACUUGUUGGUUUUAUAAAAACAAAAUAUAAUUCAAAGAAUAUUAAUAUAUCUUCUGAUUCUUCUAUAUUAUUUAUAUCAUCUAAAUACUUUAAAAAAAAUUAUGAAGAACAAUUAAAUUCAACAUUUCAGCAAUUAAUAGAUAGAGGAGAAAUAACAGAAGGUAAAUUCUUAAAUAUUCAAACAGAAAAAUAUAAUUUUAUUUUAUUUCUUAAUUUAGUUUAA